UUUUUAUAGAUAGUGAUAUAAGUGGAUCUCACUGAAAAUCCGCACAAUUAAAUUUUCUGAUAAUUACGCGGUACGCAAUGAGUUAAAAAUACAAUCUAUUCAUAAUAUUCAAUUUGAUUAGAACUAAUUGUCCAUUGAAAAUAUAUUACAUAACAAUAUGAUACCUGAGUUUCUUUAUAGAUAGUGAUAUCAGUGGAUCUCACUGAAAAUCUGCACAAUUAAAUUUUCUGAUAAUUAGUCAGUACGCAAUGGUGUUAACAAUACAAUCUAUUCGUAAUCUAUUUGGAAAUACUACGAUCUCGAACUUCUAGAAACACUAUAACUCACUCCCGUCCAUCCCCAUUUGCCUUUCGUUCAUCCGCCAUUACCAUAAACCAUAAUUUAUUACCAUUUUUCUCAACCGACAAUCCACCGCCGUUCAAAUCCCUCAUCACGUUCGUUCACGAUCCAUUAUCCUUGCAUCCUCAUUCCGUCCCAUUUGAGCGUGCCGAACGCCAUCGAUCAUCGCCGGGCGAAAUCCUCAUGGAUCCGCGUCGAUCGCGCACCAAUUCGCCUGACAAUCCCGCGAGCGGAAAAGUGCACACGCCGAUUGUUCCAGCGACGCCUUCUUUCUAAGCAACGCCUUCAUCUGCAUAAAUGAGCGCUUAAGGACUCGUUACGUUUAUCCGACACGCGUGACCAGCAUGCAGAGACCGCCGCGCGUCACGUGACGCACACGGCCGACCGGGUGGACCGGUGCGCGUCCGUCUAACUGCACGUCCGUCGCAGCCUAUGCACUUUCCUACGGCAUAUGCAGAUCCACCGUUUCCGGGUGCGCAACAGCUCCAACAGUUUUCCCGCGGUUUUCUCUGUCCGCCGUUUUCCCCGCGUUUCCCUCGAACUGACGACGCGCGAAUUCUUCGUGGAAUUUUGCUGGUUCCUGGGAACCGACUGAUUUAACCCUUCGCACUCGGAAGUUUCUCAUUAGAAAUGUUUAGCAUUCUUUGAGACAGAUAUUCUUUGUAACUAACUCGAAGGAAAUCACUAGUAUAUUGAGGAACAAAGCUAUUUCAUUCCAAUAUCUCACACAUCGAGGAAUCAUAUAAAAUUCAACGUUAAAUAUCAGAUUUCAUAGUUUUACUACGUUAAAUCAAGUGACCCUUUGCACUCGGAAGUUUCUCAUUAAGAAUAUUUAACAUUCUUUGAGACAAAGAUAUUCUUUAAAACUAACUUGAGGGAAAUCACAAAUACAUUGAGGAACGAAGCUAUUUUAUUCCAAUAUUUCACGCAUCGAGGCAUUAUAUUAAAUAUCAGAUUUUAUAGUUGUGCUACGUCAAAUCAAAUGAUAACUAAGAGUCACCUCCCGAGCGCAAAGAGUUAAUUAAACCUACUGUUUCAUGUAGGAUUGAAUAUCUUGAGUGUCAAUUGGUAUUAGCGUUGGAAAUUUGAGGUAUUCGCCGAGAUCAAGUUUCGAAGCUUAGAGGAUCAGGAUUAGAUUCGGUGGCUUAGAGGAUCCAGCGGAAUUGGGUUUGAUGGUUUAGGGUAUCAAGCUUCUGGCAGUGUCUACAUUUACUCGCGAUAAAUCGAUUGUUAUGGUUGUACGUUAUUAUUUACAAGAUAUUCUAAAAUUAAACUUGGAAGUUUGGGGUAUGUACCUUUUGACCUGGAAGAUUGGCAAGUAUUUCUGUAUCUCUUCGUGGCCAUAGGAUAAUUAUAGAAUUCCAAGUUGUCCAUGGUGGAAUGUUCUUUGAGAACAUUGUCUUGUCAACCGUUAAUUGGAUCAGAAAGCCGAGCAGGGGAUUUCUAUUUAAAUCGACGCCACGCCGUCUAUUAAUUGUAUCGCGAAUCGGUCAUGCUCAAUUACUAAAAUUGGGUUAGGGGCUGAUUGCCCAGUGGAUCGUGGCCGCCGUUGACGUCAAAUCCAUGCACAGGUUCUCUCAGGUGUCGCCUAUAUUUCAAUCCUCGGCUGCGGUCUCGUUACGUCGCCGUUUCACGGCCUCCCGAUCGCUGUGCGGCGAAAAUCAGAAACGGACGACGAAAAUUCUGAUUAGAAUUCCGGAUUACCGUUUCGAAAUUAUAAACCUCUGCGCGAGUACACCAGAAGAAUCGUGUGUCUCUGCUGUACAAACGACGAGAAUCGAACAGCGUUUAGAGUGAAUAAAAUUAUUAACAAUCAUUCUCGCCUCGAAGAGUACAUUGGCACUGCGAUAACGAUAAUUGAGUCUACUUGGCACUAGUUAAAUCCACGGCGAAAUCAUAAAUAAAAUGAAUAGGCCGUAAACAAGAGGAUACACGUAACGAUGAAAGGUGGAAGAUUAACGGCGGAAGAUGAAAUAAAAGAAGGCCCAGUAACAGAGCGGUAUUAUUAAUUUCAGUUAAUGAAGACAGAAGAUCCGAAAUUGUCGAAACAGCAACAGUGUGGCUCGGCCGUGUGGAACACGCUUAACGGACGGCAAUAAACAAUAGAGGGAACCGUCGUUGACCGGCGGCCGAGCCCGCUGCUAUAAAUAUCGGUUUUGACGGUUGCCAAAUUUCAACAAAUAUCGCGGCUCAAGUUCGAAUUCGGCGUGUCGUGCAGUUGUCGUUCGUCUGCAAGUUCGCAUGCACGAUUCCCUCGGCGCCGAUGGUUCUACAAAAUUCCCGCGGGUAGAAUUCGCUCCGUUAAUCGGCGAAUCGCGGAAGACAGAAGAGGACCUUCUCGAAUAAAAGAAUAAUACAAUACAUCUCAAACAAGUAUUAAGAGAAUUCGACAAGGAAUCCGCCCACUGCACGAAUUACUGCAGCCGAAGCUAGCAACUAAGAGGAUUUCCAAUGAAAUCGCGGAAAAAUCGGUAACUCCAAGGAAUUCGAACGAGACGUUCAGUCCGAUGUCUUAGAAGCUGAGAAUACCGAGGAAACCAUUAAUUUCUUCUAUUUCGAGUGGAUCUUGGCAGUAAACAGGAAUCUCGUGAGUCAAUACGAAGAUGAAUCAGCGAGAAGUGAACUAAACUCCCUCGAAACUAAUCAACGGAAUAGAAUCCAACGUUAGGUCGAACUUUAGAAGUCGGAAUACAAGAAGCAGCUUUCUUAUAUCAUCUACCAUCGACAUCUUCGGGGAGUAUUAAUAAAACAGCACAGUAUAAGAAAGGAAUCGUCAAAAAACCGGCGUGUAUUUCUCGAAAAGAAGUGUCACAAUCAAAUGUUCAACGAGGAACACUUCAAUCCUCCUAAUUCACUCAGCACUCGGCAAACAGAACCGGAUCGAGAACGAUAAAAUCGAUUGAACUCGGGAUAAAUCACAGUCAAACGGUUUUCGAUAGUCGGUGUCGACGUCUCCCAGUGACAGAGAAGAGGAAACAAUAGAACGAUGGAUGAGUCCCGGUAAAGGCGAUUCGCCGCCAGAAAUAUCGGUAUCGGAGCACUGCCAGCGGACGUUCGAUUGUCUGCGACUGGCACACGCGGCUACAAUGACGCAGUAAUUAGUCAGUACGUAACAGCCCGUUUAACGAGUACAACAUCCGAGGAUCUCAGCCAGAUCUAGCGGGAUCGAGGGGACACCGAUCUACAGGAGAAGGAAAAUGUUCGGUCGGUUAUCGGUGAUCGUCGAUAAAGCUUGCCCGCGUCCGACGAAUGCUUCGUCCUUCGUGACUUAAUUCCGUGAACGAUCCUUGAGUUAUCGUUCGGUUUGCGAUCGCUGGCUGGACCGGGAGCUCCUGAGGAUCACUAGAUCCAGCUUUCAUGCCGGCUUCCGUGCUCAACAGAGCUUAUUUCGUCUGUAACGAUGACUAUCUUAUGUAUGGUCGCUACACGAAAGACCUGGGUGAGUACGCAAAGGAAGAGGCACGGAAGCUCAAGUACCAUGACAAGGCGCGACGGAAGUACGAGAAGGGCAGGGAGGAGGACUUCCGGAAGUCGAGGAGAGGUCCUCUCUGCAGGAAGCUGCUCGCGUUGCUGGCCUUCGCGUGGAAGCACACCGGGGCUAGACUAGGCGAGGACUGGGUAUUCUUGGCUCUCCUCGGCAUCAUCAUGGCGCUGAUCAGUUACGCCAUGGACCGGGGUAUCUCCAUGUGCAACAACGCCAGGAUAUGGCUUUAUCAGGAUCUGACGCAGCACCCGGCGCUCCAGUACCUGGCCUGGGUGACGCUGCCUGUUUGCCUGAUCCUGUUCAGCGCGGGAUUUGUGCACAUCGUUGCGCCGCAGAGCAUCGGGUCCGGUAUACCCGAGAUGAAGACCAUCCUCAGAGGCGUCGCUCUGAAGGAGUACCUGACCUUCCGCACUCUGAUCGCUAAGGUGAUAGGUCUGACCGCGACCUUGGGCUCGGGCCUGCCCGUAGGCAAGGAGGGUCCUUUCGUGCACAUUGCCAGCAUAGUCGCCACACUGCUCUCCAAGCUAGUGACCAGUUUCCAAGGGAUCUACGAGAACGAGAGUAGGAACUGCGAGAUGCUCGCCGCAGCUUGUGCGGUCGGAGUAGCUUCCUGCUUCGCGGCCCCCAUAGGAGGCGUCCUCUUUAGCAUCGAGGUAACCACCGUCUACUUCGCCGUGAGGAACUACUGGAGAGGAUUCUUCACCGCCGUCUGUGGCGCCACAAUGUUCCGACUACUGGCGAUCUGGUUCCAAAGAGAGGAGACCAUCACGGCGAUGUUUGCGACGAACUUCACCAUGGACUUCCCGUUCGACCCUCAGGAGCUGUUCGUCUUCGCUCUGAUCGGGGUGGGCAGCGGACUCGUGGGUGCAUUUUACGUUUGGCUGCAUAGGCAGUACGUGAUCUUCAUGAGGAAGAACAAGAGCAUGAACAGCUUCUUGCAGAAGAAUCGUUUUUUAUACCCGGGAAUCGUCUCGCUGCUGGUCUCCUCCGUGUCGUUUCCCCUUGGACUGGGCCAGUUCAUGGCUGGCGACUUGAACACGCACGACCAGGUCUACGGACUGUUCACCAACUUCACCUGGACGAAGGAGGAGCUCGGCGUGGAGGAGAUGAACAUCGUUAAACACUGGUCGACAGCGUACACGGACGUGUUCACCGGUUUGCUGGGCUUCGGCGCGUUCACGUUCAUCUUUUCCAUUAUAUGCUCGACGGUGCCGGUUCCAUCGGGAAUCUUCAUACCGGUGUUCAAAAUCGGCGCGUCCCUAGGUCGAGCUGUCGGCGAAGCUAUGGCGCUGUGGUUCCCGAACGGUGUACGGUAUGGGGGAAUUAUUACUCCCAUAGUGCCAGGGGGUUACGCCACGGUCGGAGCAGCCGCGUUCUCGGGAGCAGUGACCCACACGAUCUCCGUGAGCGUUAUAGUGUUCGAGAUGACCGGGCAAAUCACGCAUAUCGUUCCCAUCAUGAUAGCCGUGUUGAUCAGCAACGCGAUAGCCGCUCUCCUGCAGCCCAGCAUUUACGACAGUAUCAUUCUGAUCAAGAAGCUGCCGUAUUUGCCCGACCUGCUGCCCUCCAGUUCAGGUAUGUACAACGUGUACGUCGAAGACUUCAUGGUGCGCGAGAUCAAGUACAUCUGGCACGGGAUCACCUACCAGAGGCUGAAGGAGAUCCUGAAGGAGAACCGCAAGCUACGCGGCUUCCCUCUAGUCGAUAAUCCCGACUCGAUGAUCCUGCUCGGAUCCAUUCAGAGACUGGAACUCAUCAAGCUGAUCGAGAAGCAUAUUGGACGCGAAAGGAGGUUACAGGUGGCCCAAAAAUGGCAGAAAGAGGCGGAAGAGAGAGCCAGGGAGGAGAUGGAGCGCCAGCUGAGGGACCAGGAGAGGACCAGGAGACCUUCGAGGUUCGAGGUGAUACCAGCGCCAGACAUCCUGAAGAUGCAGAGGCAGAGCGUGAACGAUCUAACGAUGUCGCCAAACAACGGCACCGGCCCGGACCACCACACGUAUCACUCUCCGGUGUUCGGCUCGCAGCCGAAGAAGUCGAUUCUGAAAAAGACGAACUCGUUCACGCUGAAGGGUUUCAGCCCUUUGGUCAGCCCAGCUGCCACGCCUUACACCACGGUCACUGGGGCGGAGAGCAGGAUACGCCUGGCCUUCGAAGCGAUCUUCAGGAAAUCUGCCACCUUACAGGACGUGGAUCCAGACCCGGAAAUAGGAUCCGGCGCAGGCACGAGGCGUGAGAGCCAGGAUGGGCUGAACGUGCCAUCCCAUACACCCAUGCUGGUACCCAGUCCAGCCACUUCGAAGAAAGUUCAACUGCCACGCGAAAGAGUGAUAGACAUGUCAGCCGAGGACCAAAAACGAUGGGAGGAGAGCGAGAUGGCGUUGGAGGUAGACUUCUCCAGGUGCCACAUCGACCCCGCGCCCUUCCAGCUGGUCGAAAGGACGUCCUUGCUGAAGGUGCACAGCCUCUUCAGCAUGGUAGGGGUGAACCAUGCUUACGUGACUGCUAUUGGAAGGCUGGUCGGGGUUGUAGGGCUGAAAGAGUUGAGGAAAGCGAUAGAGGACGCGAACGCCGGGAUCUUGCCGACGCACCAGGACUCCCACAUCGGGGCGUCGAGCUCCAGCCUCGCGAAAAGCGAGACGGACACCGAGAGCAAGAACGCGAGCACGAUGAACUCCAUCGCUUCCGUUGAGUGCGAGAAAGUGGAGAAAGUCUGAGUGCUUAGAUACAAAAAAAUAGAGAGAGCAAGAGAGAGAGUGUGAGAGAGAGAGAGAGAGAGAGAGAGAGAGAGAAAGAGAGAGAGAGUGAAUGAAAGAGAGAUACGAAAAGGAACGAAGCAGAGAUAAGGUAGAAGCAAAUAUGUGAUAGUCGCUGAAGCGACCCCGGAACGACACGCGAGAGACCUAUACAUAAAGUGAAUGAAUUAACGAUUCCCUUCCUUCCACGACCACUGUUCGAUAGUCCUGGGAUUAGUCCUCGAGCAACGAGUCACCCGGUAGAUCGCUUCCGAACGCUCCUCUCGUACUUAAAUGGGGACAGGAUUCUCUAUCGCGUUUCAAGGCUUCCUCCCAGACCGCGCACGUUCGACGAAACUUUUUCAGUACAUUAUCAGUGGCUUUGGAUACCGUAGAUGAUUCUUUGACGCGUCGCUUGUUGUAGAUGAUCACCGAGACCUCGAGACACAGGACUCUAUAUCGUCGAUACUGUAUUUACAUUCUCGCUGGAAGCUUCUCGCAGUUUCUCGAUACCCUAUUGCCCUCGCAGUUGUAAGGCAGCAAUCUUCCUGAACGGCUUUCUAGAAGCUCUAUCAUUCUAACUGCAUCACGGUUAUUAGUGCUAGCUAUCAGUAUCAACUUAACAGACCUCCACUCAAAGUUGUCCAUGAAUCGAACUGUCACUACUUUUCUAUUAGAGCUCCAAGCAGUAUAAUCAGCUGGUCUGUUUUGCUAUAAAAUUGACAAAGGUACGUUUAUUAAGAUCUCAGUCUACUCGUAUUCCAGUUUAAGUUCUUAGAAAUCUGUGUCUAAUGAUUUCUCCGGAAACCAUCCAUGACUUCUCGAUAAUUGCAACAGAGGAGACCCGAAAUCCAGUAGUCCUAAUGUUAAGCUAUCCGCAAAGCGUCGCUCGACGAAGUUUGAAACAGUAUCGGCGAGAAAGUCGUAGAAGGGAGCUCUCGAUGCCGAAGAAUGUCUCAUCAGGGCGUAGCAUCCUUCUUUUACCUUCGCGGGAACCUUUUACCUUUCGCGAGCCUCGAGGAACGAUCCUUCCCGUUGCCCUUCCUCGUUCUCUUCCUCCUCGCGGAUCAUUCCCAUUUCAUGGCGUGUAGAUUAACAAAGAAAGUUACCAGACGCGCGUGUGAGCGAGUGUGUUCGCGCGGACGUCUCUCUCGGUCGUGUAAUUGCCAGUGCUCAAAAGGAUCCUCCUCGCGGACGACGAAGAGAUGGUGCUUUACGGACGAACGAAGACGAUCGGAGGGGACCAUUGUUCAACAAAGGGGAAGAAAGGUUGAUCAAUAAUGUAUCGCCAGUGUUCCGUGUAACACCGUUCCGUGACGAGCGUGAUCGAUGAUCGAUCGAGGAGGAACGCGGAUCCGGGACUCGCUCUUCGGCGCUCCUCUAGCGUGUAACUGUCUGACCAUGGUUGUGCCAACCUAUUUAUUCUAAUUGUUAAUUAAUAAACGCGCGAAACUCGUCGAGUCAUCUAGAUUUAUUGCGCGUCCUCGCGUGAUCGCGACUCAACCUGCGAUCCGUUUGACGCUCUUCGACCGUCAUGUUUGUAUAUCGACAGAAUUGUUUUGCAUAGACUUAAGAAUGAACGUUACGAAGAAUCUUUUUAAUCAAUGACAAUUCACAUCGUUGGUAGUUUGUAGAGUUGUAAAGAAUCUUGGCGAGAGAAACGAUUUUAGAUCCAGCGAUCCCGCGAGGACCGUCGAUGCUUCCCUCGAGCGAACGUUCAAAUCGCGUUUCGAUUGAAGAUCGGAGGAAGACGGAGAGUGUCGUGUUUGGUUUUUUUUUUCUUCUAUUUAGAGGAUACUCGAGUAAUAAUUGUAGCGCACGAUCGCACGACGUUCUUGAUCGAUGAAUUAUCUAGGACCAGAGGAGGCGGGCCACGCCGUCCAACGUUUAAUUUAAUUAAGGAACGAUCUUUCUUUUUUCGGUAGGACAUUUUACAUUCCGUGUUGACGAACGAUUUCACGAUGCAUCCCAUUUUAUUUGUAAAUUUCUUUCGUCGCGUGCACGACGAUCGUCGUUGAGUACACUUGUACAAUCGGGAGAAGACAUUAAAUAAUUUAUUAUA